CUUCGCGUCGUUACAGUUUAAAGAGCAUGAAAUAUUGAAUUUGUGGUUGGUUCGGAUGGAAAAUCUUGGUGAACAGUCUGAGAUGCCAAACGAAUAAAAUUAAUUUACGAGUUAUGUUGAUAUUUACGCAUUUUAUUACAUGCAUCUCUGUAAUCUAAAGACGCAAUGGAUCAAGAACUUAUUGAAAAAUUUAUCGAAGUGACGGGGGAGAGUGAAGCAACAGCUCACGAAUAUCUGUCAUUAGCUGAUGGAAAUGUAGAAACUGCGAUAAGUUUAAUGUUUGAAGGAGGACAAGCAUCUGAAUCAUUACGUGCUCCUGAACCUGAGCCAGAAGUGAGGCCUCCUAUUUUACCUAUCCAGGAAGUAUUAGUGCCGUCUGGUCCAAUAUGUUCCCUUCCAAGAUUAUCAACUAAUGUAUUUGAUAGAUUUAGGGAUUUUGCAGUGGAAACCCAACGGCAGGAAGAAGAAAUGACCCGUAAAGUAGCUGGGGUUAAACAAAUGUCCUAUUGCACAUCAAAAAGGUUGGAGGAUUUAUUUCGCCCUCCAUGUAAUAUCCUCUACCUGGGUUCUUUUAUGGAAGCCCGUGAAUAUGCCAAGUCGUUAAACCGUUGGUUACUUGUAAAUAUUCAAAAUCCUCAAGAAUUUGCUUGCCAAAUUCUUAAUAGAGAUGUAUGGUCAAAUCAACAAAUUCAAGAAAUUAUAAAGGAUCAUUUCGUUUUGUGGCAGGUAUUAUCAAAUACAAGUGAUGGAAGUCGUUACAUAAAUCUGUAUGAUGUAUAUGAAUACCCCUAUCUAGCAGUAAUAGAUCCUAGAACAGGUGAAUGUAUGCAAACUUACAAUCAUAUUACUGUGGACGUUUUAAUGUCUGCUCUGAAUGAUAUGUUAAGUACUCAUCCGUCACCUGAAUCUGUGACAAAUGAAUCGUUUAAUCCUAAAAAAUGGAACAACUGUACCGCCACAGCAACAAAAGAAAGUUGUACAUCUAAUUCAUCGGUUUGUAGUAGUAGUAGUAGUAGUAGUACCAAAACUUUUAAGCACACAGUUGGUAAUUUAAACGACACAGACAGUAAUAACGAUACCCCAAGCAUUCAAAGCUCAAGUACAAGUUUGUCAGUUGAUACCAUGCAGAAUAUAACUAAGAAAAGAAGAAUGAAUGAAUCAGACGAAUUAACAGAAAAGAGUCAAGGAAUGUGUUCAAAGGACGAACAAUCGUGCGAAAUCAAAUCUAAUAUGAACAAGAUUAAAACUGACGAUAGUGCAUCUUCUAUAAGACUUUGUUUGAGACUGCCAAGUGGUAAGAAGGAAACAAUAUCAAUGUUUGCAACAGACACUAUAGAGGACUUCCUAAGUAAAAUGGAAACUUUGGGUUACACGUCAAACGAUCAUACUUACUUAGUACCCUUUCCAAAAACAAAUAUCGGAGCGCUUCCUCCACAAACACAUUUAUCCGAUACCAUUUUAUUUCCAGCGAACACAGUAUUUAUAACAAAGAUGUAGUGAUCUGUUAAAUGAAAUAUUGUGGCGCGAGUAUUUUCAUUUAAUUACCAC